CUGAAAACUCGAGUCUUCUUCCCAUCUGCAUCUUUAGCCACAAGGAUAGAAGCCUCCCAAGUUGCUGUGAUCAAGGCAAUAUCGCCAACUGGAGGUUCUCCAUUCUUGGUAAGCUGAAUUUCUCGAAACACAGCUGCAUCUGGACCAGUGUUCAAUCCACAUGCACCUGGCGUGGGAUCACCACUCCAGUAAAGUUGACCAGUUUUCGUAAGAAGCAACGUAUGGUUCCCGCCCGCUGCAACUUUUGUAAUGGAGGAGGUUGGAGGGUCAGGGUGGAAGAGGACCUGCUUCGGCACUGAAACGUCUUCUUUGUGGCCAAUACCCAACUGACCAGAGCCAUUUGAGCCUAACGCAAAUACGACCUCCAUUUUAAAAAAGAAGCGAAAUUAUGAACUGAAUCAGUGCAAGUUAUCAAAAGCUCCUCCUCUGAUAUUCUCCAUACUUCUUUUGACUCUGAAGUGGAUAGCUUCAUAGAUCCACCUAUCGCUAUAACGCGAAAUAUCGGUGGCUUACGUAACGCCAUUCAAAUCUCCACCAUAAAGAAGGUCGCGAACUUUUUUUUUUCACUCUGACUUUUUCUUCACUCUCAAACACACUCUUUUGAGCUUUCCGCACAAAGCUCUCUUAAAGCACAGUCGCGUGAGAGGAUGUGAUUCGUGUUUCCUGCUCUUGCUUUCAUCGCGCAGCAGAUAAUAUGGCUUCACAAUCGCAGCCCGUCCCUGAGGGGAUGGAGAACUUCGUCGUCGGACUGAUUGGUAUGGGCGACAUGGGCAAGAUGUAUGCCGAAAGGCUGUCUGCCGCUGGCUGGAGGUAAGUCUUGAAUCCAUUGCGAUUCGCACUUCCAGCUCCAGCUCCUUUUCUUCAAAUGGUAAGCCAACUCUUCCUUCUCAACAUCCGCCCCCUUCCCCUCUUUCAUGAUGACUAGAGCGCAUUUGGCUCGAGCAUUGUUCAGGGACGCCUGGUGUCCGUUAUGGCCAUCAGAAUCGGACCUGUGCUCUCAAUGAUGUAAACGCUUGCUACCUUAAUUAUCAACUGUCUGAAUUUCCACCCAUCUACCUCAUUUUGUUAGCACAUCUGCUUUGACACAAAAGCUAACAACUACAAGAACAGAUACUAUCUUCCUGUGAAUGCAACCCCGGACCGGAUGCCGAGUGGCUAACGGCGGAUCUACUUUAGAAUCAUGGCCUGCGACAGAGAAGAGAAUCAGGAAAAGCUUCAGAAAGAAUAUGCUGGAAAUAAAAAUAUAGAAAUUUGUCGAAAUGGCCAUUAUGUUUCCCGCGCAAGCGACUACAUCAUCUACAGCGUCGAGGCCGCCGUCAUUGACCGUGUAAUUGCUCAGUAUGGACCAUCUACCAAGCUUGGUGCCAUUGUUGGAGGUCAAACCUCUUGCAAGUCCCCCGAGAUCGCUGCCUUUGAGGCUCACCUCCCCGACGACGUCGAUAUUAUCUCGUGCCACUCACUCCAUGGCCCCAAUGUUGAUCCGACUAACCAACCUCUUGUGCUCAUUCAACACCGUGCCCCAGAUUCAGCUCUUCGAAAGGUUGAGAUUGUCCUCAGCUGUCUACGCUCAAAGUUUGUCCAUCUCUCGGCCCGCGAGCACGACCGCAUCACCGCCGAUACUCAAGCAGUCACCCAUGCAGCCUUCUUAUCUAUGGGUAAGGCGUGGCACGCUAACAAGCAAUUUCCUUGGGAGCUGAGUCGAUAUGUUGGCGGUAUUGAGAAUGUCAAGGUCAAUUUGAUGCUGCGCAUCUACAGUCAAAAGUGGCAUGUGUACGCCGGCCUUGCUAUUCUUAACCCUGAAGCGAGUGAACAGAUCUCACAGUACGCACGAAGCGUCACCGAUUUGUACAAACUCAUGCUCGAAGGAAACCGUGAGGGCUUCAGAGAACGAGUCUACCGUGCACGCGACAAGGUAUUUGGUCCAUCCACGACCUGGGACACACGCCCCUUGCUCGAGCCGUCAAUCCUGUCGUCCUUCUCGCUCGGCACGCCUACUGAUGAGCCUCGACCCAACAACCAUCUCUCGAUCCUUGCAAUGGUCGACUGCUGGGCGGCGCUCAAUAUUGUGCCGUACGAUCAUAUGCUCUGCAGCACUCCUCUCUUCCGCUUGCGUCUUGGUGUCACUGAAUACCUCUUCCGCAACGAAGAUGUCCUCGAGGCAGCCAUUGAGACUGCAAUCGAGGAUAAGACGUACCGUAGCGAUGAUCUGGAGUUUACUUUUGCAGCACGGGCCUGGGCUGAGUGUGUGAACCUGGGACAUUUCGAGACAUGGGAGAAGCGGUUCGUGAGUACUCAACAGUUCUUUGAACCACGGUUUGAGGAGGCCAAGGUGGUGGGUAAUCAAAUGAUGAAGAAGAUAUUGGAGAAUUCCAAGGAUAGUUAGUAGAGAUGGACCAACCAUAGGUUAACAAAAGACUCAUACUCCCACAGAAGCAAAUGUUCCAAGACUCUAGACAAAGCCUGACUCGACCAAGUAUCAACCAGUCCGACAAACCUCUCAAACGCCGC